AAAAAAAAAUCGGCACGAUCGGAAACUUCUCCGCUCUCCUGUGUUCUUUUCCGACGAAGCAGCAGCUGCAACGACUCCUUACCAAUCAAACCAAUCCCCCGUCAUCUUCAAGCUCCGGGGAUCUCAGCCGCCAAAUCCGGGCCGUGCUCGCGCUUGGGCAUCUGCGGCCUACGAUGGGGAGCGAGUCGGAGCCCGCCAAGGGCCUGUUGCCCUACCUGCAGCGCGCCGAUGAGCUGCAGAAGCACGAACCCCUCGUGGCGUACUACUGCCGGCUCUACGCGAUGGAGAAGGGGCUGAGGAUACCCCAGAAGGAGCGCACCAAGACCACGAACUCCAUCCUCAUCUCCCUCAUGAACCAGCUCGAGAAGGACAAGAAAUCGUUGACUUUGGGGCCCGACGACAAUCUUCAUUUGGAGGGAUUUGCAUUAAACGUCUUUGUUAAAGCAGAUAAACAGGACCGUGCUGGACGAGCUGACAUAAACACUGCUAAAACUUUCUAUGCUGCAAGUAUAUUCUUCGAGAUUCUUAACCAGUUUGGCGAGCUUCAACCUGAUAUUGAGCAAAAACAGAAAUAUGCCAUCUGGAAAGCUGCUGAAAUAAGAAAAGCUCUCAAAGAAGGCCGGAAGCCUGAAGCUGGACCGCCUGGUGGGGAUAAAGAUGAAGCACCUGAUAUGGGGCAAAGUCCUUCCUUCAGCAGUGUACACCAGGGCAGUGAAGCAUCACCUCGACCUGUCAACAUGGAUUUUAGUAGGCGGGAUAGCUUUUCUGCUGUGCAGCCAGGAAAUAACGUCCCUCACCAAAGUACAGAGUUCAAUGAUCAUCCCUCUACCCAGUUACCCUAUUCACCGCCACCACCCUCACAGUCCCAGCAUCCUUCUCCAUCACAAUCUUAUUCCUCUCCCUCGUAUCAGGCAACAACAGAUUACCCUUCUUCUGAUUUUCACAAACCAUCCCCCAAUUAUUCAACUCCCGGCUACACAAGCACAGAUUUCCCUACCAAUGAGGUCCACAAACCACCUUCCAAUUAUUCCCCACCUCCUUACACAAGGACAGAUCGCCCUUCCAAUGACGGCUACAAUCCUCACAGCAAUGGUAAACCAGAUGUUUCGGCUUACCCUCAGGCAUAUCAACCCUCACCCUACACAUUUGACCCUCAGCACAACUCUCAAAACUACUACUCCACGGAAGCCCCAGCUGUUCCAUACAACUACCCUAAUUUCCAGUCAUAUCCUAGUUUCCAGGACAACACGUCAGCUUCUGUUCUGACGCAUCAGUCUUCAUUCUAUCCUGAAAGUGAUGAUCCCGCAGCUACAUCACACACUCCUGCCUCAAAUUCUUCUGUCCCAACGCACUACCACCCAACCGCUGACUGUUCACCUCAAGUCACUCCUCCAGCUGCGCCACCAGCUAGCCAGUAUAGAUAUGAUAGCAGUUACCAGCCUGAAGUUGAGAAGAUUGCUGAGGCCCACAAGGCAGCCAGAUUUGCGGUUGGUGCUCUUGCGUUCGAUGACGUAUCUGUUGCUGUGGAUCACCUGAAACGUGCACUGGAUCUUCUGACGAACCCAUCUGCUGAACCCCAUUAGCUCUUUGCACCACCGAGCUCUUGUCAGAAGCAUCAUCUGUACAAAUACAAGAUUGGUAUACCACCAUGGAUAUAUUGCCAGGUCGCGUACAUAUGAGAGGGGUUACCACACAAAUCUAGGAGAUAAUAAGCGAGCCGUGUGGGCUUUUGAAGUCACACUUAAGGAAACCUUAUUGUGCAAAAUUCAAUUAUCUUAUUCAGAGUUCUGUUCUACGUAAUCCAUUGUAUUCAUUUGAAUAUUCUUGAGGUCUGGUAUGGUAUUUUGGGUAUGGACGGAUGAUGCAGUGCCUGCUUUGUUUGUCUC